AUAACGUGCAGCACACAAAAAGCAGUCUGAUAGAACAGCUUGAGUAAGCUUUUUUGCAAUCAUAUAACAAAAAUGUCAGAAGUUACUCAAUCUUCUAUUGUAUUAUAUUUGUAUAUAUAAGUUAUUACAUAUAGCAUCAGGAUCACUAAAUAUAUUGCGAGUCUCUUCCUAGCUCAAAUUUGCUUCUAACCGUUACGUCUUAUUGAGUAGAACAACAGAACAUAUAUUGUUUUUCGCCUUUGAACCACGCCGUAUCUAAAUGAGGAAAGGCAAGUCAGACAGAUUGACCGUAGGAACUGACCAGAUAAUCUCAUCAAGAAGGGUGUUUUGUUGUCUUGCAAUGUCUAUCAUAUUUACAACACAGCCUGCUGGACUUGAAGGCAAAGAAAUUCAUCAUAUAAAUAAACGGGACACUUGCCACUCCACUGUAUUCCAGGUUGUUAAUAGUUAUUUAUCACAUGUGGUAAGAGAGACAGCUAUUUCAAUUCCCGAUCCCUUCUGCUGUUUUGAUUCACCUCAGAUAUUUGGUCGUUUUACAUGUAAUAACUGUCAAGCUUCUGGUCUGAGCACAUUAAAACAGAUACAAUCUCCUCAAAUUAUUUGUUAUGGUAAUGAGGUUGUUGUAUCCACUCUUUUAGCUAUGGAUAACCCACAUGUCUCCUGUGACUGUAGAAAGCCUCUCUUUCUCAGGACAAUGACUACUUCUAUCACUUUACAGAUUCCUCGUCUAGAGGCUCAAACAAUGAUGAAAAUCAAAUUCACUUGCCCGCAGAACAGCUCAAUGGUUAAGAACCUGGUGAUCACUAGUCAAGCCACACCUACCUUCAAUAUCAGUGAUUGUGGGUUAUUUUGCAGGUUAGUGGAAUUGUUUGCCAACUUAUUUGUGGAGUUAAUUGGAUGGCGGCUACAAUUAAGGUUUGAUAACCAAAUUAAAACCCUCAUUCAGAAUCAGCUAGACAGAACACCUGUUACUUCUUUCUCUGAAUGGCUGAAGUAAAAGAAAAGAGGCAUCCGAAAUCUUGAAAUAGUUUUUAGUUGACAUAUUUACAUAUAUGUAGAUAAAAUGUGAGAAUUCAUUUUUGAUUUACUCUGAGAAUAAGGACUCAGAAUCCUAGUCCACUUAACAGUUAUAAAAAAAAACUAUUACAAAGGUUCUGAUGGAAAAUAAUUUCUGAUACAAAAGUUAAAUCAACUAACGGAUUAAUAUCUAGAUUGAAGAUUACUUCAGAUGUGUAAGUAAGGUUGAGAUUAUAUCAUACUUGGAUCGACCAUCUGAAAAUAGAUAUGAUUUGUCGUCGAGGAAAGUGAGCAAAAUAUUGCAAUAAAAGCAUAUUAUAAUAAUUAUAUGAUUGCACUCCUUGUAUUUAUCAUAAAAUGUAUUCUGUUAAAUAAAGAUGUACUUUUCUUGAA